AUGGCACAAUUGUCCUCUGCAUCUUCACGAACUGCCUCAUUCAUAUUGAGGAUCUUGGCCUUCGCUUUCUCACUCAUAUCACUCAUAGUGCUCGCCACGAAUACUGUAAUUGCCAUUGAUUCCGAUUAUGAUGAGGCCAAAGUUCAUUUUCAGGAUUUUUAUGCCUACCGAUACAUGCUUGCUACGAUCGUUGUUGGUACCGCAUAUAGCCUCCUGCAGCUCGUGGCAUCAAUCUGUACUGCAGUAUCUGGUCGCGAGGGCAUGCUUGUACUUGCUUUCUUUGGUGACAAGUUCAUGUCCUAUGUGCUAGCCACCGGAGCUGCUGCUGGAUUUGGUGUAACUGUAGACCUAAAACGAAUCACGGAUGCCGAGGGUUUAGAGAUGAGCAAGUUCUAUGAGAAGGCAUAUGCAUCAGCUAGUCUCCUCCUCCUCGCUUUUAUUUGCACUGCUGUGUUAUCUAUUAUCUCUGCCUUUAUACUCCCAAGGCGAUCACUUUGAUUCCAUAACCCAUUGCUUCGAAGAAGAGCCAAAAACCGUGGACUUUCUACAUCAUUGAUACAUAUAUUCGAUCUCUUCUUCUCUUUUGGGGUUGCAAGUGCGUUUCUUCAGUUGAGCCAUAGUUGUA